GAAUAGUGGCUGUUAGCUAGAUUUUCAAAUUUUGGCUGUCAAAUCAACCCAAUCACCUCUUUUUCAAAAACGUAAAUUCCCCAAUUUAUCAACAGUAAAUUCUUGAGAAAAAAAGGCGCUCAAUGGCCAUCACUUCCUCAUCCAAGAUUAGCAAGGCCUCGGACAAGAAGAAGAAGACUUUCAAGAAUAAGCAUAGUGGGAGCAACCACAAACAAGUGGUUAGCUUUGAUGCACAACAAUCCUCCCCGAUGGAGCGAGCUCGAGAAAUUCAAGCAAACUUACCAUCCAGGUUCCCUAGUUUUGUGAAGUAUAUGCUCCGAUCACAUGUUACUGGUGGAUUUUGGCUGGGUCUUCCAAAGAACUUUACUUGCAAUCAUUUGCCAGAGAAAAAUGACAUUGUGGUUCUGGUGGAUGAAACGGGGGUUGAACACGAGACUAACUAUCUAUGGGAAAAGAAUGGACUAAGUGGUGGAUGGAGAAAAUUCUCCCUUGAUCAUCAACUGCGGGAGGGAGAUGUUUUGAUUUUUCAUUUGAUCGAUGAGUGCAAAUUUAAGGUCUAUAUUGUGAGAGUUAAGUCGGAAGCUUUAAUUGAAACUGAUAUAGAUCUUAGCCUUGUGAACUUGGGUGCUCGUGCAACAGAGAUGGUUGGUGAUUAUCAAGAAAGGGACCCGAAGAUCACUGUUUUGGCACGAGAGGAACAUUUGGAGCAAUAUCCUGAGAAAGACAUGGUUGCUCUUCUUAAUGAUGAAGAUGCUGCAGAAAAUUAUUUUGAGAUGGAUGUCGAUGACUAUGACUCAGGCAUCAGGUUUUCUCAACCAGUUAUUGAUUUCAAAGAUGUAAAGACUUUCUCACAUUUCAAUAUUAUUGUAUAUGGAUUUAGUAUAGACCAUAGGAUUUCACAGCACCUUCGGGUGAAGUACUAUGAGCUUUGCUGCAGUCAAAAGUCAUACCUCCACGACCAACUCAAGGACGGGCUGAAUUUGCAACUAGUGGUUGGAGUAAUUUCAGAAACCAUCAGCAUUGCUGAUGCUAUUAGAUCUUCCAUGCCUACCAGUUCUGAAAAUCUGAUAUCAUGGGACAAGAUUUUAGAAGGCUUUGAGAUUUUAGGCAUGAAAGUUGGAUUUUUACGUGCGAGGAUUAAUAAGCUAGUGACUAUUUCAUCUGAUGCAAAAGAUGCUCUGGAACGCAAGAUACUUGAAAAAGUGAAUGCUGAAGAGGAAUUGAGAGCUCUUAUCCUAGAAAAAGUGAAAGCAGAAAAGGAAGUGAAAGCUCUUCAGAUAAAGCUAAUUGACGUAAAAAAGGUGAUUGCAAAUUCAGAUCACAAGAUUGAGUAUAUGAAGAAGAGAGCUGAGAGACUUGAAGCUGUGUUUCUACAAGAGUCAAAGGCACCAUGGUGAAAGAGGAAUUAUCUUGCACUAGGCACUUAUAAAGCACCACUUUUUUGAGCCUGGGCAUUUGCCUCGUUGCAUCUUCAUCUCCUGCAUGAGAAAAUUAAUAGUGCAAUGAAAAAAUUGACAUUGAAACCUAUAUUGUAAUGCAUGUGGUAAGAAAGAGCAGAUGAGAUACUCUUGAGUCUUGAGACUUGAUGGUAACUGGAAUGGCAUUUCCCUUAUACUACUGUGCUGUUACAAAAAG